UAGCGAGAGAAUAGAACGGUAACUGGAUACUGGUAGUGAUACACCAUUCAUUAAAUCGGAUAAAAUCCAGAAGCUACUCCAUUCCUUACAGUUGGAAACGGGGUUCGAGGUCGUUUAAACUAUACAGCGCUGAUAACAUCUCUCAGACUGACAGCGUCAACUGAAAUGAACUCCGAGCACGGCCCUGUCACCCCUUUCUAUAUGGAAAAACAUCCUUGGUAAAACAACGGUAAAGAGGACGGUGGGAUUUCAACAAGGAAUGUAGCAGACAGAAGUGUUAAAGCUUGUUUCAAACUUCAUAUUGUUGUUACUGUACUUGUUUGUAAAUGAAGGGGUUAAAUGUAUUUUUUAACCAACUUUGUUCCGUUGAAGGUGAGCAUGGAUUGUAGAACCGGUUGUAUUUGGUUUCGGCACCACAGCCACUCCCUGUUCUGACGAGUGUGGGCGUGGAAUCAGUGCACAGGGAGCUGCUGACACACAGCCACUGAGCUCUCAGUCUCACAGAACAACCCGCAGCUCCCAGAUAAACCAAUGAUCGCGCACCUGAUUAUUCGCAGUGAACCAACAAGGAAGUAACCUGGAAAUAUACACACAGACGGCCUAUUGACGAAAUUAAGUUCCGAGCCGUUGGCAGUGGAUGUUCCUCAAACCACAAUGUGGCAACCGGUUCCUCAAGGGUGGGAUCCUCCUGCUUCUCAUUCUUUGCCUGAUCCUGAUGCUUCUGUGGAGCAGAGAUCGGAGCCGCAGCAGCGUCCAGCCCCGAUCUCCGUCGCAGUUCAACGACACCCCCUUCCAGAAGCAGCCCGUCAGGCGGUGUGACAACAGCUCCCCCUUCCUCGUCCUGCUGGUCACCAGCUCCCCCGAUCAGUUCGAGACUCGCUCGGCAAUCCGCCAGACCUGGGGGAGCGAGCGACGGGUUGGUGAAGCCAGGUCGGUCACCUAUUUCCUGUUGGGACACGGGCGGGAGCGACAAGAGUUGAUCCGGCGGGAGGGCGCUGUGCACCAGGACAUCAUCCAGGGAGAUUUCGAGGACACGUACCACAACUUGACCCUCAAGGUGCUGCUGGGUCUGGAGUGGCUCUGCCGCUCCUGUCCCUCCGCCUCUUUCGUGAUGAAGACCGAUUCUGACAUGUUCGUUAACACCGAAUAUUUGAUGGAACUCCUGUCCCAGGACACCCGCAGUAACGUCUACACUGGGUUAAUUGUGAAAGGCGCCAGACCUUUCCGCCAGACAUCCAGCAAGUGGUACGUCAGCAAGGAGGAGUACCCCGGGGAUGUGUACCCACCCUACUGUUCUGGCAUCGGGUACGUCCUCUCCACUGAGCUGGCCUGCCGUGUGUGGAACAUCUCCGGGAGGGCGCCUUUGCUCAAACUCGAGGAUGUUUACGUGGGGCUGCGCGUAGCGGAGCUGAAAGUGGAACCGGUGGAAAUCCAUACCCGACCUGUAUUCUUCGGCAACAGGGUUGCCUUCUCCACCUGCUCCUACCGACAUCUCGUCACCUCUCACGGGGUCAGAAGCUCUGAGCUGCAGAAAUACUGGAGAGAACUGCAGGACUCGGCCGCUGAGAAAUGCCCCUGAGAGCCACAUUCUUCUUUUCGCCCCAUCAGAAGGCAGGCGCGCUGUUUAGCACCGGAGAGAGUGGGGGAAGCGGGUA